AUGAGAUCAACAGAACCCCCUACUACAACAGCUAAAACAGAGACCCCAAACACAGCAUCAACAGAACCCCCUACCACAACAGCUAAAUCAGAGACCCCAAACACAGCAUCAACAGAACCCCCUACCACAACAGCUAAAACAGAGACCCCAAACACAGCAUCAACAGAACCCCCUACCACAACAGCUAAAACAGAGACCCCAAACGCAGCAUCAACAGAACUCCCUACCACAACAGCUAAAACAGAGACCCCAAACACAGCAUCAACAGAACCCCCUACCACAACAGCUAAAACAGAGACCCCAAACACAGCAUCAACAGAACCCCCUACCACAACAGCUAAAACAGAGACCCCAAACACAGCAUCAACAGAACCCCCUACUACAACAGCUAAAACAGAGACCCCAAACACAGCAUCAACAGAACCCCCUACCACAACAGCUAAAACAGAGACAGCUAAAACAGAGACCCCAAACACAGCAUCAACAGAACCCCCUACCACAACAGCUAAAACAGAGACCCCAAACGCAGCA